AUGUCAUCAUCUUUUGGAUUGACUUUUGAACAUGAGAAUCUACUACUGUCAUUGUCAUUAGAUGAUAAACCUAAUGGUGGGUUUAGAUCCCAAGAUGAUGUUGAUGCUAUGGAUAUAGACGAUCCAAUGGAUAUUGAUGAUGAAACAGAAAUUGAAGAGGAAAGUAUCAAUGAGGUUGAAAAAGAAGAAGAAAAUGAAACAAAACAACAGGAUCAUAAUUUAUUGGCUUUAAUCUCACCAACUAUGCUUGGAGCAAAACUUGCUGUACAUAAACCAAAAUUAUUAAUGCCACCAUCACCAACACCUAAAAUAGUUAAAAGUAGAAAACCUUCAAUAGAUUAUGAAUUUGAUACAAGUUCAUAUCGACCGUUAAGGAAUAUUUCACCGAGUGUUGAACAAAACUCAUUCAUAACAAAAAGAAAUAACACAACAUAUCAAACUUCACCAGAUUUACAAAUGUUUUUAUCAUCAACUAAUAAUAAGAAUGAACCUAGCACCACUAUACAUCAUCAUCAUUAUUAUGGAUCGUCACCCAAGGACACAUAUUUAGAAGAAUUAAAACUACAGCGACAUCAACAAAAAUUAGAAAUUGAAAAAUAUUUAGAAAUUCAAGAUCAUCAAAAAAGAUUAGAAUUAUACAGGAACAAAAAUUUCCUAAGUUUACCAUCACCAUGGAAAACAAAUAUUCAUCCAAUUGAAAAAAUUCCAUAUUUAAUAUCAUCAUAUUUACAAUUAUUUUUAAAUUUUAUAAUAUCAUUAUAUUUAAUAUAUUUAAUUUAUUAUAUUGCCAUAACUAUAAAAUCAGAUAUUAAUCAUAAAAUUAAUUUACAAAAACAAAAUUUACAAUAUCAAAUUGAAAUAUGUACAAAAGAAUAUUAUGAAAAUCAAUGUAAUGUACCAGAAUUUUAUAAUUUACCAAUAUUAAAAAAAAAAUGUUUAAUGUUUGAAAAAUGUAUGAAACAAAAUCCAAAUUCUUUAGGUAAUUUAUCUUUAAUAAAUGCUCAAAUAUUUGGAAUGUUAUUAAAUUCAUUAAUUGAACCUUUAGGAUUUAAAUUUUUUUUAUUUAUUUUAUGGUGUGGUAUUGUUAUAUUUGGUUGUAAUUUUUUAUUUGGUUAUAUUAGAGCUAAAACUUAUUAUGGUGGACAAAUUGAAUUGGACUAA